UGUCAUUUUUUGUCUAUCAACAUCCUAGUAUGCACCAGCUGUAGAUGGAAGGUGCAGCAGUGGCUACGUGGGUCUCAAGAACGGAGGGGCAACUUGUUACAUGAACUCAGUCCUUCAGCACCUCUUCUUGGUUCCAGGAGUACCUGAGGACAUUCUGGCUGUUUGUAGUGAUGAUGAGAAUGAAGAAAGUCUGUUCUAUCAGCUGCAGACAGUGUUUGGACAUCUGAUGGAAUCUCAACUUCAGUAUUAUGUACCAGACAAAUUUUGGAAGUGCUUUAGAAUGGAUGGACAGCCAGUUAAUGUCAGGGAACAGCAAGAUGCAUUUGAAUUUUAUACAAGAUUGACAGAACAAAUUGAUGACUAUUUGAAGAGCCAACGGCAAGAGAGUGUAUUUGCACAGCGAUUUGAAGGGGUUUACUCCAUCCAAAGAAUAUGCCAGGAUUGUCCUCACAGAUAUGAAAGAGAGGAACCAUUCUUUGCCCUGAACCUCACUGUCACAAAGUGCCAUGAUCUACAGGACUCCUUAGACCAGUUUGUUAAAGGGGAGCUCCUGGAGGGUGAUAAUGCCUAUUACUGUGAGAAGUGCAGUGUAAAGAGAACAGCCCUCAUUAGAACCUGUGUCAAGACGCUACCUCCUGUGUUGGUUAUACAGUUAAAGAGAUUUGGUUAUGACUGGGAAGCUUCUAGAGCACUCAAGUUUGACGACUACUUUAAAUUCCCAUGGGUUCUGGAUAUGAGUGCAUACACAGCAGAAGGCCUGGCUGAGCAGGAAGAAGAUCCUGGUGGCGGUAGUGAUAGUGACCAAAGAGCUACUCCAUCCCCUGAUCCAAAAGAUUCUCUACUUUCCCAAAAAGUGGUAAAUACACAAGCUACCUGCAGCCCCCACACACCAGGCAGAAAGGCUGGUAUAACCUCUCAACAUGCUCCACGCAUUAAGAUAAACACAAGAAUAAGGCACAAAGGAGCCAUCUAUGAACUUGUUGGCGUUAUUGUACACAGCGGACAAGCAAGUGCUGGACACUAUUAUUCCUACAUUAAGGACCGCAGAGGAGACCCACUGACGAAUCCCAACAAAGGUCAGUGGUUCAAGUUUAAUGAUACCAGCGUGGAACAGGUGGAGAUGAAUGAUGCUCUUCUGGAACAAGAAUGCUUUGGGGGAACAUACAAAGCCAAAGUCUCUUAUGAUUCUUCAAAUCCUCUACCUGAAGAUCGAUUGAGAUACUGGAAUGGUUACAUGCUUGUAUAUGACAGCAUGGAUGACCGUUUGGCCACCCCCAAAACCCCUAAAACUCCAAAGGUGGGGGUAAUGUCCCGGUCCUUCAGAGCCUCUACCAGCAGUGCAAGGAAAAGUUUGUCUCUUGGAAGUGGGAGCAGUGAGAGGAGAGCCCGAACUAGCUUAUGCGAGUUAAGUCAUCUACUGCAGCAGGGAGAAAAACAAGGAAUGUUCCGUGAACAAAUUCCUCCACGUAUCCUGUCUGCCAUCACACACGAAAACCUCACCUUUCUUAAGAAUCGUGAUAUUUUCUCUCACGAUUACUACUACUUUGUACAGCAACUGUGCUCAGCAAAUUUGUUUGGUUUACAGGAAAAUGGUCAAACUAGUAGCAACGGUGCCCUCUUUGUCCAAGCAAUUUAUUUAGGAAUGAACUUUCUGUUGAACACGUACCUCCGAACCAAAGAUAAAGAGGAGUCGGUGAUCAACCAGUGGGUCCAUUUGCUCAACACUGUUGUCCAGCAAUCCAGGGAAGCAUGUAGCUGGGCCGUGAAUUACAUGUCGAUUGAGGAUGGAGGAGCACACAUCCAACCCCUUUUGUUAGAGUGCUCAAACAAAAUGAUUCGAGGACAGUUCAGCAACCUAUUAGGCUCCAUCUUCAAAGCAGAGUACGAGCAUUCUCAGAGUGUUCACAGUGUGCAGAACAUAAUAAAGCACCUCCUGUCACUCCUGGCUUCUGAUGUGCCAGCAGCUGUCAAGAACUCUUAUCAAUAUUUCUCACUGUUGUACUGCUACUGCCAGCAGGGUAAUGCCCAGUGUCAACAGAUCCUCAACCUGGGUGGGUUUUCAAGCUUUCUCAGUUUCCUACUGGGAGCAACAGACUUAGAUAAGCGGCGGUGGUCAUCAUUGCAAGCUCAAGAUUUUGGUCCACUGCACUGUAUUAUUUCAACCUUGAUUACAGUAUGUGAUAUGGUUCCCCACCAAAACACAGAUUCAGCUGUCGAAAAGAAGAUUGACAGUGAAACAAAGAAGUUGAUGAUGCCAGCGGAGGUGGCUCAGGCACUGUACGGUGGGGAACAGGCUCGAUGGCUUAAGGAGGCUGUAAUGGCUUACAAAGAAAUAAUGAGCAACAUUCCUCAGCUGACACUGGCACUCACAGCAGCUGCAACAGAGAAUUCUUCAUUCACUAGUGCUUUGUUAACUGCAGUCAUGACUGAGUAUGCUAAACCGCCUUCAAAUGUACUGAAAAAUCUUUCUCAGUUUAUACUAGAGAUAUUGAAUGUGAGUGACUCCUUACAGCCAAGUCGCACUACUGCUGUCCUGGAAGGCUUUCAGACUGCAGAUGGGGAAAACAUAAUGGGCCUUUUAGAUAUGAUCGGAACCAACAAAGAUUACGACAGUAGGCGAGCUUACCAGUGUAUCAAGCUGGUAGUAACACUCUCGGCCCGAUGCCCAUUAGCCCGGGAUCACCUCACUCGUACCCAGGCUCGUUGGCAGUGGGCUGUGGAGUGGCUACGAGGGAAAAUGGACGAUCACUCGGCAACUCUUUCAACUGUAACAGGAAUGAGCAAUGAGGAUUCUAAUACCAAAAAUUUCCAGCGCACAACAAGUGCACAGUUAACACUGGAGGAGGCCACAGCCCUGCUAAGUGAGUUGGAAUCAACAGAGAUGGAAAUUGAAUGUGAUCCUACUGAGCUUGGAGAUAUUAAGGAAAGUGUUUCUGAACAUGAUACAUCUCCAUCCCAGGAUUUGGAUGCCAUUGACCCUUGAAAUAUUAAUCAAUGUGACCAAAGUCUGAUUAGUCUUUUACCCAAAUGCUAUUUCUUUACGAGUACUUGAUGUGAUCUCUCACUGUGUGGGGUGGCUCAAAGAGAAAAAGUCCUCCCCUCCCCCAUCCAAUUAAGUGAGGAAUCAACUAAAGGUUGCAUGAAUGGAUGCACUGUAUACCUAAAUACUUACGCAGAGAAGAUACAGUCUUUCAAAUGUUGGACUAAAUGUUCUCAUAUAUAAUACUCGUCUUUAAACAAAAAACUUCCCUAUCUGGGUAAAACAGCUGUGAUUGAGAUUGAUUUUUAACCUCUGUGUAAAAUGAUAUUAAGGGUUGGGAGUCCCUAUAUGUGAAAACUUGUACUAUUCGCUCACACACACAUUAAUGAAGCGUUCAGUUUCUCCGGUGUUACAUAUUUUAUGACUUUAUUUUAAUGAAGUUCUGAUGUGUUUUCAUCAUUAUCUCCUAUUUGGUUAUUACAUUGAGUUUAACUAUCAUGUAUUUUUUCCAUGGUAAGAAUAAAUCCUUGUAUAAAGAUGUCCUUCACGAGACAGGUCUUUGUGAUUAGCGUUUUCCGCAGUGUUUGAGUGUCCAGUCCUUAGUACUGUUAAUACCAAAAGUGCCAUAAAAUAUAUUUUAUCCAAACUUGUUUUAGCAUUUCUUGCAAGAGUACAAAGCUGUAGAACAUGGCUGAAUAAUCACAGUGUUUUAUUGUGCACAUAUGAUAGUAACCUUUUUCAUACAGCUAAAGUUGAAUUAUUCUUAUAAUAAUCAUACUUUUUUGUUUCUUGUUUGGCACAUAACCAGAGAAAUGGUUCAGUGUGCAUUACAGGUAAUGUAUAUCUCACCUUCCCAGUUUUUGAAAGUUUUAAUAGUUUUAAUAAAGACAGUAAUUAAAUCUGGUGAGUAAAAAAGAAAAAUUGAAAAGUUGAUUACUGUACAGGUAGAAGUUUUUUACAAACAUGUAUCUCCAUUACAUGGAGGGUAAUGAAACAUUGUUAAACAUGGAUAAAAGGUUUAAAUAAAGAUAAAACAAACUGUA